CUUGGGAAUAGUGUUUUGUCCAUUGUAUGCAGAUUCUCAUCAACGUAUUCUAGUUGAAGUUUCUGCGCACCUACUUUUAAACGAUCUUACAGGUUCUGAAUAAAUCAUCCUCUGGGGAAAUUUGGAUUAGGACACGUAAUUCGUAAUUCAACUCCCUGAGAGAAACCAGGUAUUCGAACUCCUUGUGACUUGUUAUUACAAACAGCCUCAAUCAAAUUUUCAGUAUAAAAGUUUGAAAAAAGAAUUUAGAAAAACUUUAGUUCGUUUAAACACCAUGUCACAUUCUCAAUCAGGUUGACGCCUGCAUGGGACUGUUCACUGUUCUUCGCUUUUGGGGAUGAAAGAUCGUUAGGCUAAUCUUCUAUUCUAUCUUCAUCUAUCUAAAAGUACAGACGGUUACGCUACACGAUUACACAAACAAUUACAAAGAAAAACACAGCGUAAUAAAGUUAGCAGAAAGAAAUGCUUUCAGUCUCAGUGAUACACAGUGUCCUUUUUAUUAUUUGUGCCGGAUGAAAAUAUAGGUUUUUAAUACACCAUGAUAUCUUCUUUUUUCCGCCUCUAACAGUUCACAUAGCGGCGCGAGUUUCGUACUCACUUGAAGAUGGCUACUUUUAAAGGAGCUGCUAGGGAGGCUCAAAGAGCUGCUCUGUUGAUGAAACAGCGUGAAAAGGAACGACAAGAACUGGAACUUCAGAAAAGAAAACUCGAGGCAGAGAUGCGUGUUGGUGAAAUGUCUACUAAGUUUGCUGUACAUUAUGAUGCCAUUGAAUAUCAAUUGAAGAAUAACACAAUUGGCUUGGUGACUUUAGAUGAAAUGAAAGCGCGACAAAAGGCUUAUCUGACACAAAGAGAGAAGGAAUUAGCUCUAGGAAACUCGAAAGGACUCUCACAUAAGUCAGAAAAUUCCACACUGGAAAAAAAAAAUAAACUUCAGCCUGUGGGUCUUUUUGUUUGCACCUAUUUAUAUGACAUAGUCUUUGUUGUCUUUCUCUGAGGAAGAAGAUGUUGAGGACGAAAUUAAGCCAUCUAUCUCCGCUGUGCAGAAUUCCGAGUCACCCGAGAAAACUGAACAAAAUCUCCAGUCAGAAGUUCUAACUGACGGCGAAAGUGCCGUUAAGUCUGAUAGUGAGUCUUGUACUAAACGAAGACGCUUGGGGAAAAAUCCAACCGUUGACACCAGUUUUCUACCGGAUAUUGACAGAGAUGAAGAAGAAAAACGCCUAAGGUGAGUAAUACACGUAGCGUUUUGUAUAGUUUUGUUGCAAGUUUUCCGUAACAGUUUCGUCGCAAACGUUGAUAGACUUAUUUAUCAUGUGGCGAGACUAUCAUUUAUGGAGUGACGCUAAAAUGACCUUGAGAAUGUCCACCUACUUAAUAGGGCUAAAUAAGGGUUAUAAGGCAGUGUUAGGAGUCGGAAUUAUGGUUUCCAGUUGAUGGUUAGGGUUAGAAAUUAGGUUUACGGUUUUCAUCACGAACUGACAUCACCUAAAAUGCCCAGACGCUAUUUAAACCAGCGGGUGAAUAAGUCUCGCGCCAAAAUCCUAAACCUUUUAUUUUAAAUCUGAUUAAUUCGUCCAUAAAUUAUAGUCUUUCUGGUUAUGUGAUCUGAACAAAAUCUUUUGUAUGCCAUGCUACAUCUCGUCUUUGAAUCCGGGUUUUAAGUCUCGGUUGUCUUUUUUAUUCAGGUUGGUUUUGUCAUCUAAACUCGCCGAAUCAUUUUUUACGUUGUGAUCUGGUUUCAUCACGGCGUCAUAAAAGCCCAGUUACUCGUAUAUCACUUAAGAUACACUGAUAUAGAUGAAUCAGGUAAUUUGUCCGCUUCUUUUCUAAAAGACGGUGCACAACUUGUUAGGUUCAUUUAUUUAUCAGUUUCUAAAAUUCUUAAAUGACAUACAAUUUGGCUUGUGGUUGGGUUCAAAAACUCGUGCUUAGUUGUCAAAACCACUUACUAAGUUUGAUUUACUGUACUUGGUUACAAAUUACACUAUAAGUAUGAUACGUGCAAUAUAGUGACUGGAUUCUGGACCCCUUUACCACUAAGCCACCAUCACUAUUUAUUUACUAGUAUUUGACCACAGAUGCCUCAGAAAUAUUGCUCGCAUCUGCUAGGAUCACCGGGUAAGUAAUAGUGAGGUUCGACGCAGGGUAUUAGGGAAUGAUGGUAAAUCAGUUGAUGAGGUUGUGAAUCUUCAUCGACUGAGAUGGUUGGGCCACGUGUUACGUAUACCCAAACACCGAUUACCACGACGUGCAAUGCUAACCGGUGUCCGGGAUGGUUGGAAGAAAGUUAGGGGUGGCCAAACUAAAACGUGGCAUCGGUGCUUGAAGUCACUAACUUCUAGUCUGAGCCAUGUUGGUAGAUGCAGACUACUUGGUUGGGGCCCGCGUGACUAUCGUAACCAAUGGUUGGAGACUCUUGGUGACAUUGCUCAGAAUCGAUCACAAUGGUUUAGGUGUAUACACUCUCUGUCUUCCCCUAAACUAAGAGAUUAAAAUCGCUUCAUAUCUUUCUUCCUACGAACUAAUUCUUUCUUCCUGUACUAUAUCCUUACUGCAAUCUUUCGCUUAUAUAUUACCACCUCUGAAUUAACUACUUUUACGAAUCCAGUGUCCAUCUUGAUGUGUUAAUGAGGUAUGGCAACUUGGACCGAUGCAUAUAUGUGCCUGGUCCUACGUUGUAGCUGACUGACUAGCAUCCAUGGUCUCGUAAGUAAAUUUUCAGUGUUAAGCGCAUACAGUAGUCUUUAUCUUUCUCCUAAUAAUUGUCUUAGAACUUUGCAACAACAUUUAGUGUUAAAUGUACUCAUCUUUAAAUCAUACUUUGUGCAUGGUUUAGAGGUACUCUUCAACUGCCUAGAUAAAGGUAAAUAUGUCUGGUUUCUAAUCUAGAGCCUAAUUUUCAGAAGUUAUAUGCUUUCAUCACCAAGCUAAAACGUUUUUAGAAUUUUCUUAUGUCAUUCAGUCGAUAGUUAAAAAAGGAAUACAUAUAAACUACUAUUUGUAUUGCCAUUUAGCUGUAAUCAGUUUUCGCACACACAAGAAAUCGAUGUUUUGCUGUCAGACAUGCUUCAUAAAGCCAAAUGCAGAUUCUCAUCAGUAAGCACUUUCAAUGAAUAGAUACAGUAGCUACAUAAUUCUAACUUAUGUUUUCGUAAGUAUUUAAGGAAAAGGCAAGAUUUACCUCCGAUUGCAUAGACGUUUCAAUUAUGUGACUCCCAUUGAAAAAUAUGUCUAGAUUGGUCCGUUAUCACUGUACCCAUCCAUAUUUUGAAAUUCAACAUGCUUUGAAAAUAACACUGCUUUGUUAAGUUAAACUGCUUUAUUCCAAAUUCUUGUUGAUGUUAUGAUAGAAAUUCAGUAAAAUUUAGCAUCACACUUUUUUAUAUCUCAGAGAAGAACUUCGAAGGGAAUGGGUGGCAAAGCAAGCUGCGAUCAAAGAAGAGGAAAUAGUUAUCACGUACAGCUACUGGGAUGGAUCUGGACACCGCAAACAAGUUCGGAUGAAAAAGGGGCACUCCAUUCAUUUAUUUUUACAUCGUUGCGUAGAGCAACUCCGUAAAGACUUCUCUGAAUUAAAGUCUGCCAGUGCAGAUCAAAUGAUGUAUAUCAAAGAAGAUUUGAUUAUUCCUCAUCAUUAUACAUUUUAUGAUUUUAUUGUAACUAAGGCUCGUGGUAAAUCUGGACCAUUAUUCUGCUUUGAUGUUCACGACGAUGUUCGUAUCCGGAUGGAUGCAAAUGUAGAAAAAGAAGAAUCACAUGCUGGAAAAGUCUGUUUACGUAGCUGGUAUGAACGUAAUAAACACAUUUUCCCCGCUAGUCGAUGGGAACCGUAUGAUCCUGCAAAGAAUUGGGAUCAUUACACUGUAUCAGAUAAAAUGUCUGCAAAGAUUACUGUUAAAUGAAUUAUUUACUUUCUUUUCCUUUCAAACUUUCGACUAAGUGUACAAUAAUUUGGCUUAUUAUUUACAUUUCUUAUUUGUUGUAUAUAAUCAAAAUAACAUAAAAUCAAUAAU